AUGCCAGGAGAGGAGGAAAAGAAGGACCAACAGAACAAGUCUGAAGAAGUCAAGAAGGAAGGCACACCGAAGCAGGAUGAUAAGCAAGGAACUCCGAAGCAAGAAACUUCAAAGCAAGGCACUCCUAAGCAAGAAGAGAAGAAAGAUGGCAAGCCUGAAGACGCCAAGAAGAAAGAAGAUGCUAAGGAUGGCUCUAAAGAGGAAACUAAAGGAGAUAAGGAGAAGAAAGAAGAUUAUGUUAACUUUGGAGGUGCUGGUGAUGAAGAAGAUCCAUAUGCUAAUGAUGAGGAAACCUAUAAGGAUCAUUUCAGAAGGACCUUUAUCACUCAAGAUAAUAAGAAAGAGCAAGCUGCUCUUUAUACUUUGCAUGAUAUGAUGAUUCCAGCUGGUAGAACUGCAAAGUUAGUUAGAGUUCCAGAUCCUAAUUCUGAAGACUUUAGAAUUACUGAGCCAUUGGACAAGCUUAAAUUUGUCGAACCCACUCCUUGUAUAAUCUUAGCUGGAGCCAUGAGUGAUAGGGCAGGAAAAGUGCUGGCAGGAGUUGCCAGAGCAGCUUUUAGAGCUGGAGCCUGAAUCAUCGACUCAGGGAUCGGUUCAGGAAUUGAGAAGUUCUGCAUGAGAAAAAGCGUUCCACUUAUAGGAGUAUGUCCAGAGAAUGAAAUUUCGUACCCAGUUAACUCCUCAAAUAAAAAGCCAAAUGAGCUGACAAAUGGACAUACACAUUUUGUGCUUAUCGGAGAUGACACCAAGAAUAAGUAUAAUUGGGGCCAAGAGGCUCAUAUUAAAGCUGAACUUGCUAAGAGAAUUGCUAAAGGAAGAAGUAAGUACGGUAAUUCGUACUCUUGAAAAAUUAUUAUGGUUAUCAUUGGAGAUAAUCCUAACUGAGUUGAAGAUAUUGCUCAAGCAAAAGAGAACAAUUUCCCUAUAAUUGCUCUUCAAGGGUCUCAACUUUGAGCUGAUAUAAUUGCAGCUAAAGGAGGUCUAAUGCCAGACGAAGAUGACCAAGAGGAAAAGAAGCAACAUGAAGGAGAAGGAGAUGCUGAAGAUAAGAUAGGAGGAGCUAAAGCACCAGCAAGUUCAGGUCCAGAAGGAGGUGAAAUCAAAGAUUCGAAUCUCAAAGAAAUAGUAAGCUCAGAAAAAAUUUACUUAUGCAAGCAAAACUCUGAACAUAUCGCAAAUAUCAGCCAUCUGUUGUUAACAGUUACUCUGUAA